UAGCAGCUUUGUUUACAUCCCCACCACGCCUGACUGAGUGUGAACCAGAGAAAUGAACGUGUCCGUGGACAGAAUCAUGCAGUCCACGGACAGGACUCGUGCUGUGGAUUUGAGUCACGGUCUGGAGGAUGUUCCUGUUCUGAUUAACUGCAGCGCAGGCGUACGGACGCUUCCUGAAUUCCAGUAUUCCCCAGAUAACGUUGAGGGACCUGGUUGCACAGCUGAUCCCAGUGAAGUCACCCUCCCUGGAUGCUCCUGUCGUUCCCUCUCCUGCUGCGCUGAGAGCUGCUCCUGCCUGAAGGUUCACAGGCAGGCAUAUGAUGGCACCGGCACACUACUGGACCUUAGCCGAACAGAUUCUGGUUACUGCUCACCCGUGUUUGAGUGUAAUACCCUUUGCUGCUGCGGCGACACCUGCUUUAACCGUGUUGUCCAGAGAGGACUCCGACUCAGGCUGGAGGUUUUCAGCACGGGGAACAGGGGCUGGGGUGUACGGACAUUAGAAUCAAUCCCACAUGGGAUGUUUGUGUGUGAGUAUGCAGGGGAGGUCAUCAGUUUUGGGGAGGCCAGACGCAGACAGCUCACCCAGAGAUCUGAAGAAAACAAUUACAUCAUCGCUGUGAGGGAGCAUGCAGGUACUGGCUCUGUAAUGGAGACAUUUGUGGACCCAGCUGUGGUGGGGAAUGUAGGCCGCUUUCUGAAUCAUUCCUGCGAGCCCAACCUGCUCAUGCUGCCGGUCCGUGUGCACUCUAUAGUCCCCAGACUGGCGCUGUUUGCUGGACAGGACCUUAAGGCACACGAGGAGCUGACGUUUGACUACUCAGGAGGAUACAGUAACCAAACACCUGUAGAGGUGCUGUCCACAAAGAGAGACACUGAUGUGCAGGCCAAUAGGACAGAGGGACUUCAGAGGAAAGCGUGUCUCUGUGGCGCUAACAAGUGUGUAGUGUUCCUUCCACUGGAUUUAUCUAUUCUCAAAUAAUGCAAAAUUUGUUUUACAUCUGUUUUGUUUCCUGUUUAGUCGCUCAGCGUUAACACUCUUUCCCACUCAGUGUAAAAUUAUGCAAUGAAAAAUUAAAUUUGAAAAAGUUUUAUUUUUCCUCGUGAGUAACCUCGUUUACAUUUCCAUCUAUUUUUACACAUGUGAAAUCGUUUUCAUCUACAGGGCCCCUGCUCAGUAUAGGACCUGUCUCUCUGGAUUCACAGUCUUGUAUCUUGUCCUCGCGAAUCUACGCCUCAUUUCACACUAUAUGAAUCUUGAAGGAGCUAAAGAAUCAUUUGUCUAAUAGGUUUAUUUUAAUAACAACACGGGCUACAGAAUUGAUCUUUACACCGCGUGUAAUAGAAGAGAUUAUGCCUACGUCAUUCCACAAAGUAAAAUUCCUAUGCAAAGCUACAACUAUCAUGCGUCUCCAUCACUUUGACAUUUCUGUGUUCAUGCGACGCAGCCUCCACAUGUAGAUAUUCUCAGCUUCCCAUCGCACUCCAGCCUCUAGAGGGAUGGGACCAAUUAAAAAGGGCCAGGGGGUGUUUUUAUAUAGAAGCAGGCUGUAUUCCCCUGUCAAAGGAGGGGUGAAGGUGUCCCACUUCAGUGUGACCAUUCCGAUAUCAGGACCACCUCCUCUCAAUCUGCCCCAUUUCUAGUCUAGACCUCCUUUCAUUCUAUUAAUAUCUACAUCUGGGUUAAUUAGGAUGGAGACCGUGUUUCACCCAGAAUUGGGAUCAAUGCUCGAUCCACAUUGGGGCAGAGAGAGACGAAGUUAUGUCGGUGGGCAGAUGGAAGUCGUCUGCCGAGUAGAGACUGCUGACAAGUUGAUUGGUUGUUUGUGUGGCCCAGUGGAGAAGCCAAUGGCACAGGGUGUUGACCUGUAUAUUUUCCUCUGUGAGGGUUACCUGAAUUCGCUCUGUUCACAUUGGGUUUUUCUUUGCACCUGAUUUGGUUCACAUCCAGGGAUUAGAAACCAAAACAGUUUGGCAGUUUUGGGAAAUAGUUAGAUAAAUAGAGUUACAUGAGAGGAUCAAUAUCACUCUCAUGUCUGUACUCCAAACAUGAAGCUACAGCCAGGAGUAAGUUAGCGUAUAGCACAACAAAAAAAUUCCAGUAGAGAUUACCACAAAACUUGGGGAAAGUAUGUAGUGUGGAUCAGGGAAGAGCCAGUAGGUUCAAUUGUUUAAUUUCAAUUUUUUUGCACUUUCAUUAAGAUUGCCAGAUAGGGCUUUUUCAACAUUUACAUCGAGUUCUCUGAGAAUUAUGUUAAUAUAUAUAUACAUUUUCUCAUGAAUCUUGAUCCAAUUUUUUAUGGAUCCAAAGAAAAAUCAUUUAAAUGUGCUUUUAUCGGAUGUAGGGUUUUUUCAGCUGCUGUAUAGUAAUAAAUAGAGUUAGGAACCUGGAACUAUUUCCAUUAUGUAGCUGAGAAACAUAAUGUGGCCUUUACUAUAAGGCUUAGUUACAUUUUUUGAGACUAUUGGCUCUUGGGAGGGAUACACGCUCUACUGAAUGAGAGCGUAUAUCUAUUCCUAUUCAAAAGAAAGUCUGCAAAACAUAAACAUGAUGCAGUUUUAUGAGAGGUUGUGCUUCAUUUGUUCCCAGUCUGGAGUGGUUGAGUUGAAAUGACAUAGUUAUGACAAGUCAUCCGUAACAAAUGACAUGUUUAUUCUUUAAAAAAGUUUAACGAAACCUA